AUGACCGAGAUAGAGAAUAAGACUGAAAUCAAAAAAUGCAUAUGGAAUGGGUCAAUUAACGUCAGCGUCUCCUUCGACAUAAAUGGAAAAAAAAUUGAGUAUUUAGUUCAAGCGUUUAGAAAUUCUUAUUUUCCAAUACUUUAUCCACGCAUAAUAUCAUAUUUCCAAAAUUUCACCAAGGAAAGGAUAAGGGGACCCAUAUGGUUGGAGUUUGAGGAUGUACCUCUACGAUGGAAUAUUCCGAUUGGUGUUCUUUUCGAUUAUUUGUACCUCCCUGCCCACCAUUCAGAUCGAAAGCAUUGUUGGGAAUUGAAUCUACACAUUACUGAUUAUCCCAUUGAAUAUGUUAUGCCAUUUACAAAUACUUAUGGACAGUCUAUAGAUUAUACCAAAUGUCUAAAUGAAGUAUUGAAAAAUCAACUAAAACAAUCGAUUUUUGUCAUUAAUGGUUCAGCUAAAGCCAUCAUGCAAAUGAGUGAACAAGAUUCAGAAAAUUAUUUAUCCUCCAUUGCGUCAAGAAACUUGAAUCAAUAUAACAGCUUCAACAAAAAGCUUAUCAGAUCGGUAAAAAGUAUACCUAUUCGGAUACUUUUGCCUGGCAGUGAUUCCGUGAGUCAAGUUCCUGCGGGCCCAUUACAAACCUUAGCUGAAUUGAUGCUGAAAACAAUGCAUGAUUUGGAAGAGAUCGCUCAUCCAUACACUCACGGAAUAGACAUUAGUCAACUAUCAGGGACCCCCUUGUUGGAAAUUUGGCAAAUUUUCAAAUACCCAAACAAUGUUUUAUACAUAACAAUGAUUAUCCUUUGA